AUGUCUGCACCAGAGUCUUCUAGUAACCGGCGGAUGACAAAUUUUAGCGCUGAGGAGAAGACUAUAAUCAUAGAUGGGCUCUCCCAGCACGGCGCCCGCCUCUAUGGGCCACAAAGUGGCAACACUGGCAAAGCGGACAAAACCCGCAUCUAUGCGGAGAUAACCACACAGGUCAAUGUUCUCGGUGUGGCGGAGAGGGAGCCUAAGCAUAUCCGCAAAAAAAUUUAUGACCUGCGGAGACAGGUUAAGGAUAAACUUGUGGCAAUGAGGAAGCAUGCCACUGGCACAGGUCGAGGACCAGCCACAAGGAUCACACUGACGCCAGAGGAGAUGGUCGUGGCCAGGUUCCUGGAUAGGGAGCUGGUGGAGGGCCUGGAGGGCUUGGAUUCUGGGGAACAGCCCUUGAGGACAGGUGCUGGAUUUGCUUACCAGGUUGAGAAUGGAAUCCUUGAAGGAUCUGUUAAUUUUUAUGAGUCUCUACCAAUUCAAAACAAUCCUCCUGUAUUAUUAUGGAUUUUUGAAAAUGCUACCAUUGCACGGUGCUUUCCUAAUGGCACUCCUACGUGCGUUGGUCAGUAUGCAGGAAGAUGUACCCUGUAUGAGAAUGGAACUCUGAGACUGAACAAUCUGAGGUUUGCAGAUGAGGGGAAUUAUACCAUGAAUGCGCAAUAUCUAAUCACUUCAGUUACAAAAAAGUCUACCUAUGGGCUCAGAAUCUAUACUGUUCUCAGUUCUCCUGCCCUUCGUAGUAAUGGCACAUCUAACAGUCUCAUCAGCGGCACUUAUUUGUCUCUCUAUUGUGAGGCCGAUAGUCUGAAUAUCACAACUUACACCUUCUACCGUGAUGGAAAGAACAUCUGCUCUGAGCCCCAUGUGACCUGCCAGGAUUCCUACCUCUACUUCCAGCCAAUCACAGGGAGUGACAGCGGAAACUUCACCUGCACCAUCCAGAACCCUGUCAGCUCCAACACCAGCAACACCCUACAUCUAAAUGUAUCAGUUCCGGUCUCUGAUGUGAAGUUAGCCAGCAAUGCCACAGGACUGGUCUGGCCGGUAAUAGAUGUGGUGUCUCUGACCUGUUCAGCUCAUGGUACACGUGUCACUUACUCCUGGAGCCUUCAGGGGGCACCACUGCCCCAGAAGCCCCAAUACUACCUCAGAGCAAACAACACAGUCCUCACAAUCUUCCCCAUCACUGCUAAUGACAAUGGAACCUUCACCUGCACAGCCUCCAACUGGAUAAACAACGAGACCAGCAAUGGAGUGAUCUUCAAUCUGGCUUUUCCGGUCUCUGAUGUGAAGUUAGCCAGCAAUGCCACAGGACUGGUCUGGCUGGGAAUAGAUGUGGUGUCUCUGACCUGUUCAGCUCAUGGUACAGGUGUCACUUACUCCUGGAGCCUUCAGGGGGCACCACUGUCCCAGAAGCCCCAAUACUACCUCAGUGCAAACAACACAGUCCUCACAAUCUUCCCCAUCACUGCGAAUGACAAUGGAACCUUCACCUGCACAGCCUCCAACUGGAUAAACAACGAGACCAGCAAUGGAGUGACCUUCAAUCUGGCUUUUCCGGUCUCUGAUGUGAAGUUAGCCAGCAAUGCCACAGGACUGGUCUGGCUGGGAAAAGAUGUGGUGUCUCUGACCUGUUCAGCUCAUGGUACAGGUGUCACUUACUCCUGGAGCCUUCAGGGGGCACCACUGUCCCAGAAGCCCCAAUACUACCUCAGUGCAAACAACACAAUCCUCACAAUCUUCCCCAUCACUGCGAAUGACAAUGGAACCUUCACCUGCACAGCCUCCAACUGGAUAAACAACGAGACCAGCAAUGGAGUGACCUUCAAUCUGGCUUCUCCAACUCCAUGCCCUAUUUCACUUGGACUUGGUGGUGGCGAGGUAGCUGGAAUUGUCAUUGGAGUUGUUGUCGGGAUCGCCAUCAUUGGAGUCAUUGUGUUCUUUAUCUUAAAAACAACAAAAAAACCCAACCUUGGUACAAAAAAUGAAAAUUCAAAUGUUCCUCCACCACACAUCUAUUCGACUAUUAUUUCAGGAACUGAGAACAGAGACAUAUAUUACAACCUGGAGCCCUCUACAUGGAAACGAUAAUGAUAACGGUUUUGUUCUGGAUAGUGUCUGAAGUGAACUCUUGGUGUCCGAUCUGUCCCAACGCCACAAAACGUCUGAUGUUCACUCUACAUUUAAGGAACUCCAUAUCUACUCCAAACAACAAUUCCCCAAAUCUUGACUAUGAGGGCCUUAAAGUGAUACUAAAGUCUUGUUUUUUUUGGCGUAAAAAUAACAAACAUGUUAUACUUG